AUGGAUUCAAGGAUUUCUAGCAAGUUUAAAGGUCUUUUGACAAAAAGAUCUUCUGUUGACUCGCUGAGUACAUUAAAAUCCUUUAAAGAGGAUGAUAACAAGUCUAAAUACAAUAAAAGAAAGUCAAAAGCUCCAGUAAAUCCUUUGGAUUAUGGAGACGAUGACGCUCUUGUUGAGUCAGGACUAUGGUCCGACAUUAAAAUGAUGUUAUGGGAUUUUAUCCCUGAUUACACGCCUUUGAACUUUGUUCUUAUGCAUUUAUUCUUCUAUAUGGUCUUUCUCUCCUUCAGAGCAGUUUCAUUCCCUGCCGCGAAGGAGCCUGAAAAUCCCGAAGAAAACAUUCAAAUUGCAUAUGAGCACUUAUCGUAUAUUGAGGACUAUUUUGAUAGUGAUGAAAACCAGUAUGAGCUCAUCAUCAACACUAUUAAACUAUCGUUUCUUCUCCUUUUUAUAAACAUUGUUUUUCUAGUUAUUAUUCUAUUAGUUAGGUUAAUAUUUAUGAAAUUUUUGUUUGAGCCAUUUUCGAAGAUUUCAAGGGGAGCUGUUUUAUUCGCUUACUCUGUUGAUCCUACAAUUUUUUACCUCUUAUGGUCCCUUGCAAAUUACACCGUUUUCCUUCGGUAUAAUUCUGAAAUGGGAUUUGAGACUUAUGUUUUUCAGAUUUUUGGUUAUUAUCUACCUACUAGUUUCUGGGUUGAUAGUAAGUGUUACAGUUGGAGUAAAUCCAUAUAUCACUUGCAUAUUUUAUUCGCUGUUCGAAAACUUAUUCUAACUGUACUUCUAUUCCUGUUUGAAUUGCAGUUUUUGGCAAACUAUUCUACUGAUCUAACUACCUACUUAAAUGAAUUAUCUUGUUUGAGAAAGUUCACUUUUAAAUGGUUAAACUUUGUAUAUUAUAAGAAAUCGCUAAGGAAUAAAGAGCUUGAUGAGUUAAUGUUGAAAUUUCUAGACAUUGACAUGACUAUAAUAAGGAAGAGUUACAACACCGUGUGGAUGGAACAUCACAAGGACGAUUUUAAAAUUUUCCGGCCAAUUUUAUCAAAGUGGCAGCAUCAUAAUGUGAAGAAUGAUUUGGUUAUCAACGAUUACAAUGGAACUGAUUUCCUAAAAGAGCUUUGGAUCAAUUCAAUGUCAAUUAAACCUAGUGUGAACUGGAUAGUUUUAAACUAUGUAAUUCACAACCCUCCUGAGAUACUUCUUCUUCACCACUCAAUUCAGCUUAUUUGCAAAGAUACAAUCGACUACUGUUCUAAACUGCUUUUUGACCAAAUUUAUGAAACCCUUAAUCUUCUCCAUAAAGGACCUGAUAAAGUUGUCACCAUUGUUAAACCUCUUGAGGAGAAAGCCCCUCAGAGAGAUUCUGAUGACUUUAUAGAGGACGAAAAGGAUGAAUUCUACCAGUUUGAUCCUGGUGAUAAAGUACACAGACUAAGCCAAAUUUUUAAUGUUACUCAUGUGGAUCAAUUACAUAUAACGCGUGAUUUUGAGCCUAAAAGAGCUAGGAAGUAUCGGUUUGAUUCUAGGUACAAGAUGCCUGAGCUUCUGAAGUACAGGAGUACCAUAAACUCUCCAGAUCUUCCAGAGCAGGAUUACAUGAAUGCUCUUAUAACCAAUAAAGAGGAUACUGAUAAUAACGAAAAGGAGGAAGAAGAAGAUGAUAGAUAUAUUACAAGACCUAUGUGUGCUGAACUAGAUCAGUUUAUUGUCGAGGACUUUUUCGUCAGUUACGACAUUUCAAACUGUGGCUCAAUCUCAUUUGAAAACUUUACCUCAACCUUAAUCAACAUGUGUUCGAUUAGAAAAAAGCUUAUCACAACUCUAAAAAAUCAGAGGAGUAUUUUGGAGCUAGUUGGGAAUUUGAUAAGUAUAAUUUUGUGGUUUAUGUCACUUGUUGCUUUGUUGCUUUCAUUCAAGAUUAACAAGAAUAUUGUUGUUCCAUCUACUAUCGGUUUAUUUUCAGCAACUAUUGUUGCUCUCAGUUAUAUGUACACUAGCUUUAUUACUGCCAUUAUGUUUGUCGUCAUUUCAAACCCUUAUAACGUCGGGGACAGGGUCAGAAUCUCUGGACAAUCAAUGUAUGUCAGGAGAAUUACAACAUACAACACCGAGUUCAGAUCUUCAUACGGUCAACACAUAAUAUAUCAGAACAUGCUUUUGAGCAAAAUGGCCAUAGUAAAUGAGUCCAGGGCUAAACAUGCCACUGUUGAAAUAGGCUUCAAAAUGUCUUCGAGUACUACUCCUGCCUCUAUGAAAAUGCUUCGAGAUAACGUAAAAACUUUUGUAAAUGGUCGACCAAGAGAUUUUGUCACAAACAGUAUCUUCUUCCACUGUGAUAAGGUCCAAGUAUCUCACUAUAUUAACCUUGUGAUCUGGGCCACAUGUGUAAAAACAUGGUCUUACACCAGGGACGUAUUUAAUCUACGUACUGAGUUAAUGUUGUUUGUUGCUAACCAGUGCAAACUUCUUGGUAUCGGAUACGAAAACCCUGUUAAUCCAAUCUACUUCAAAAACGCUCUUAAUCUAACUGGAGCUGAUGCUUUUACUAGUCAUUUUCCUGACCUUUAUGACAAGUUUAAAAAAGGCGAUAGAUUUGUCAAAUUUGAUAGAUUUAAGGACAACAAGGGAAAAAGUGAUGAGGAUGAUAAACCUAGAAAGGUUGAAAAGACUACUAGUACUACAAACCCCUUUCUCUCAAUUCCAUUCAUGCCUGCUAAACCUUCUGCGUUUACUACUCUCAUUUCAACUACUAAAUCCUUUGAACAAACUUCUAGUGAUGAUGUUCCCAGGUCAUCUGAUUUAUUAAAUUCCUCCAAUUUGUCCCAAUCUCUGGAUUUAAGUUCUGAUGAAGUCAGGAAAUAUGCAAGUAAAUCUGAUAUCCUAGAUAAAACACUUGUAACUCAAAGGUCAACUGGCCCUCUUUCCAUUGAGCCUACAUUCCCUUCCAUAUCUAGGGCUAGGGAUGCUUCAGGGCACAGGAAAGCUCCUCCAGUGCCUCGUGGAAGUGUUCACUUUUCUAAAAAUGCUCACAUUUACAAUCCUCACUCUCACUUUGUCGCAAAGAGAGGCAAUAUUGAAGACUACGAUGACUUCUGGAUUAACACUUGGGGUAACGUUCCUAGGCCUAAUCGCCAAAAAACUUUUUCCUAUGACUCAAUUGUUAAUAAAACAAUAUUAGAGUCUCAAGAAGACAGCAAUACACAACCCGUUCCCAUGGUUAGUCCUGAAGAUUCCAAUGAUACUAAAGAAUCUGUUCUUAAAUUUGAAUCUCCUUACCUCGAGCCUGAUCAAAAUACCACUAAAACCAAAAAAUCUAAAAGGUCAAGCAGUGUUGAUGCCAAUUCCAAUCGCACAAAGAGUAGAAAGAGCAAAACUCGAAGCAGUAGUGAGACCCGUAAAAGUAGGUCCUCAAUUGACUCAACUGAUAGACCUAAACGCUCCUCAGACGACUCAACUGACAAACCCAGACGUAGUAAGGGCAGAAGUAAAGAUAUGGACGAUCCUGGUGAAAAUCCUAGACCCAGCAAAAGUAGAAAAGACACCUCCAAAAGCUGAUGAUUCCAUAUACCAAAUUAAUGCAGAAAUGUAAAAUAGGGUUUAAAUUGUAAAAUAGUUCUUAAAAUGUAAAAUGUUAAACUGUAAAAUAUUUAAUUUUUUUAAUCUAUCUA